AUGUACACUUCGAUGCACAAGGAUUUGCGAUCGAGGCAAAACAAUUCAAAUCAAGUUGGGGCGGAUUCAGAAAGCACGCGUCUUGUUAAUAUAAGGAACUUGGCCAAAAUUGUGAAUGAUUCAAGAUUCAGGAGCUUAAGUCCUGACACUCCAGCUACUCAUGAUGCACAAGACUAUCUUUGGCCUCCAUCCUUGGAUAUGCCUCUGCUGGCUCCACCUGUCAACUUCUCACACCUUCCUCUAGGGAUCACUUUCACGCGAAAGGAGCUUGAGCUUAUCAAGCUCACAGCGCAGUUUGUGGCUGUUUAUGGGAAGUAUUUUCAGAGGGAACUGACGACGAGAGUUGUUGAGAGUCCUCUGUUUGAGUUUUUGAAACCAACUGACAGUAGGAACAGUUUUUACACGCGGAUUAUUCUCGGGUAUCAGGGUGUGUUAAUGCCUUCCCAAAAGCUGAAGACGAAGAGUGAAGUUUUUGAUGGUUUCUCCAAGCUUAUUGCUCAAGUGCCUGUAAAGGAUGAGGAUGACGUGGAGAUGGCUAUGACUGAUUUGCAUGCUUAUGAAUACUUUGCUAACAUGUCCAUUAAUGAUUUACGAGCUCCGGCUCCUGUCAAGUUUGCAUUCCUUACUAGAGGGGUAACGUUCACGCGCAAUGAGCUUGAUACUAUUAAGCUCACAGCACAGUUUGUGGCAGUUUAUGGGACCCUUUUUCGGACAGAAUUGAUGAAGAGAGUGUUUAUAAGCCCUAAAUUUGACUUUUUUAAGUCAACUGAUAGCAAGUGCUCUUUUUACUUGCGGCUUGUUGAUGGGUAUUCGAGAGUGUUAAGGCGUUCCAGAAAGAAUGGUGCUGGUUUGGGGGAAGUUGUUGUUGGUUUUCUCAAGCUUCUUGAUCAAGUUGUUGAAAAGAAAGAUGCAGUGGAGAUGGCUUUGACUGAUUUGCAUGCUUUAGAGUUUUUUGCUAACGUGGACGGUGGCGUGUUGCAACCACGACCUGAACAAUACCAUCCAAUGAUGCCAACAGUACCACCGCUAAUUAUGCCUCAACUGGGAUCUCAGUUUACUCAACUUCAAGUUCCUCAACCUUCAUGUUCUCCUCCAGUGAGGAUGAUGUCACCUCCUAGGCCACAGAAUGAUUUGCAAUCGGGUCAAAGCAAUUCAAAUAAAGCUCCUGCGAGUGUGGCACCUAUUGAGCCACCUCCAGAAAUCAGAAGUUGUGUCGAGAACACUGCACUUAUUGUUUCCAAAAAUGGGUUGGAGAUUGAAAGAAAGAUGAUGGAACUUAGUAUGAAUGAUGCAAGACACAGAUUUGUGUGGAGCACUGACCCUUAUCACGCAUUUUAUCAGCUCAAGCUUGCAGAAUACCGUGCUCAGAAUCAAGAUAGAGCUCACGAUAUCCAACCUAAUGUUCUGAGAUCUUUCGGUUUUGGAUUUGAAUUCCCUGAAAAGGAGAUCACACUCAAGGAGCUUGGUAUUAUUAAGCUCACAGCACAGUUUAUGGCGCGGUACGGGAUGAAUUUUGUGCAGGGUUUGAGGAAGAGAGUGGUUGGGAACCCUCAGUUUAAGUUUUUGGAGUCAACUAAUAAUAGCAGGUUCAGUUUUUACAAUGGGCUUGUUAUUGCGUAUUCAAGGGUUUUAAUGCCUUCCAAAAUGCUGAGCAAGAGUGAUGAUUGUACGGCGACCGUUGUUGAUGGUUUUCUCAGUUGUCUUCAAUUGGAAAAGCGAGAGGAGGGAGUGGAUAUUGAUAUGAUUGAUUUGCUUGACUGUUUUGCUCGUUUGGAGGAUGCAGACUAUUCUGCUAACGUCCCACAACCUCAACACCUUUCAACACAAAUGCAACCACCACAUACGCCUGAAACGUCUCCUCCACUACCACUGCCUCUAAAAAACGAGUCAUCACCUGUUCUUGCUGAUCAACAUCCGGAUUCCUCUACCAUCGAUGAUGAAUGGCAAGUCAUUGACUUCACAGGGCAGUCGUUACCGGACAACGUGGCAAGUUUGAAGGAUAAAACAGCUGGGGGGAUCCAAAUUCCAGCAAACAAAUAGAAGAGAAACAGAAGGUGCAUGGUGGGAGAAUGCAGGGAAAUGGUUUUCAAACUUCUCUUUAAUACUAAU